ACGUUCGUUCAGAAUUUCCAUUCGUUCAAUCAGUCUGCCCGCGACCGCCGUUCGAAACAGUGGUUUGCUAAUUUCCGUCGUACGAGAACGCGUUUCGGUGUGAUUUGUGUUUUGUUUUGUGGUGCACGAUGGCUUACAACGGUAGUGGUGGCAAGAGACUGUGUACAGGAACCGACCUCGACGUGGAAAGGAGUAAUGGCAACAAUUAUAUGGCGGGCGAGCCCCGCCGCAAACGGGAGCCGCCGGCGCGGCCGAAUCACAUUCUCCUCUACACCAUCAUCAACCCCGCCUAUCCUAUCACUGUGGACGUGAUACACACAAUAAGCGCCCCACACGGGCAGGUGCAGAGGAUCGUCGUGUUCAAGAAAAAUGGCGUUCAGGCCAUGGUUGAGUUUGAAUGCGUGGAGUCGGCGACGCGAGCGAAAGAGGCGCUACACGGCUGCGACAUAUACUCCGGGUGCUGCACUCUCAAAAUUGAAUAUGCCAAGCCCGAAAGAUUGAACGUGUUCAAGAACGACCAAGACAGUUGGGACUACACAUUAUCUGAAGACGUCCAGCCAGUGCAGCGAAGCGCCCCGCUUCUCCAGUCACCGCAGUACACCGGCGGAAGACCACAGCCUUACAAUGCUUCGCUGAACCAGCCCACAACCAGACCGAUGAGCGAGGACACAUGCAGCCAACACAGCCAGAACUCUUGCGAUCAUGCUCAAAAUGAUAUGGAGUUCGGAAGCGGCGGUCCUCCGCCCCCUGGGAUGAAAAUGGAGCGUCACGGUCCACCGCCGCCUCAUCAUCCGCGUGAUGGUCGCGGUUAUGGUCCCGAGGGAUAUGGUGGUGAAGGUUUCGUGCCGCCGCCGCCAAUGCACCAUCCCGCUAUGCCGCCACAAAACCAGGGCGGUCCCCCACAGCAGGGAGCUGUGAUGAUGGUAUAUGGGCUGGACCCACAGACUGCCAACGCAGAUCGUCUCUUCAAUCUCUGCUGCCUCUACGGGAACGUCGUCAGAAUAAAAUUUCUGAAGACAAAAGAAGGCACAGCCAUGGUUCAGAUGGGUGACGGCGUGUCAGUUGAGAGAUGUGUGCAGAAUCUCAACAAUGUCACAGUUGGCGAUUACACAUUGACACUGGCAUUCUCUAAACAGGCGUACCUGUCCGAAGUGAUGAAUCCGUACCCCCUGCCCGACAAGUCGCCCUCGUUCAAAGACUACGUCGGAAAUAAGAACAACCGCUUCCUCACGCCUGCAUCCAUACAUAAGAACAGGAUACAGCCGCCUUCCAAGGUGCUCCACUUCUUCAACACGCCUCCAGACGUGUCAGACGACCAGCUGUUGCAGGUCUUCAAAGAUUACGGGGUCAUGCCCCCGCACACUAUCUCAAAGUUCCCGCUAAAGAGCGAGAGGUCAUCAUCGGGUCUGAUGGAGUUCCAGAACAUCUCGCAAUCCGUGAUGGCGAUCAUGGCGUGCAACCACGCGACCAUCCAGCACCCAGGUGCAAAAUUCCCGUUCGUAAUGAAACUGUGUUUCUCAUCGUCACGGCAAAUCGGGCAGGGCAAGGGCCAGCAGAAGAAAGACGGCCAGGGCCAGGAGUCAAACCCGCGGCAGAACAAUGGCAUGCCAGAACACGACUACUAUUAAUGGCGAUGUCGGCGAACACACACAAACACAUAUCAAGACGGACUCACACACACAGCCACACGAGAGCGGACGGGGUUGCCAUUUCACAUGAAAACACCCACAACACACACCAGUUACCAUAAGGUGAUACCACAAAAACAAUGGCAACAUUAUAUAUAUAAUAUAUAUAAUUCCUUUUUAUGUGAUUUAGAUCACCCCCAAUAAAGACAUUAACAGAUAGUUAAUUAAUAUAAUUUUAGACACAUACAAUUUCAUGUUAACACAUUACAAUUCCAUUUUUUAUUUGAAAAUUUUGUUUUCUUUUUCUAUAUGGACGAUGACUGUUGAAUGCGUUGUGCAUUUGCUUGAAUUUUUGCACUAGUUUAUUGUUUUCUUAGGUAUUAGUUAAGUAAUAUUCCCAAUUUUAUUGGAGUAAUGUUAGAAUUAGUUUUGUAAUGUUCUUUUCGGUGCCAUUUUCAAACACUCGUUGGUGUACAUUUUUUUAGUCACAAGUAAAUGACUUUAAAACUGAAAAAAAAUAUUAUUAAUUUAUAAUUUUGUUUUUGUUUUGAGUUUUGAGGAUGGUACUGUUUUUCCCGUUUUUUAGUCAUGAAUAGUAAAUUGAUAUUAGAUUGUGACUUUGUUUAAGGUAAUUCGAAAAACUGAUUAUUUCCCUUUGUUGUUCUUAAAUGUAUCCUUUGAGUGUACUAAAUUAUGGAUAUUGUGAGAAAAAUAUUUUCCAGUCCGUGAGUACAUGUAUUAAUGUUAUAGUGACAAUUUCCCCCAGGACUUUGGUUGUUUGUAACAUGACAGUUGUGAAAAUGUACAAGAAAAAAAAAAUGUUAUGCUAUAAGGUAGAAAUAUGAGUUUUAUUUAGUUUCCAUUCGAAGUAGAACUGUGCAUGUUUCUUCAUUUAUUUUUGCAUGGGUUUCGUGAUGUCCAUACAAAAUAGAGUGGCACUAAAUUUGUUUGUAAAACACCUGAGUUGACACGUUUAUUCUAAAAUUAAAGAACCAAAAAAUAUCUAAUUCUAAGAAAUAGUUUUAGCACUCUCUAGGCUAGUAGUAAGUGUCAUUGCAAUGUCAAUUAUAUUCGAUUAGUGGAAAAAUAUGACAGUACGGAUUUUCUAUAAAUUUUUCUUAAUAAUGAAAAACAAAAAAAUAGUGUCGAUUCGAUAAUAGUUUGGAAGCCUGCACAAGAAUAGUUCUCGGUUCGAGACACCCGCUGUCCUGUGUUCUUACUUAAGAUUUAGUAGAACGCGGCCGGCAACGCUGCCAAGUCACUAACAUAAAAGACAUUAUUUUUCCCUCUCGUGACCAAAAACAACGUUGCCGCCCGCGCCGAUAGUUCUCUAAAUAGCUGAAUAAUAUAAUAACAUUUAAAAAUCAGUGUUAUCAGGUAAAUAGAUGCAUAUCUUUUUCUCUAGAAAUAUUUUCGAAUGAAAAACUAAAUGUUCUAGCAUAGGCCCUGAAUGUCGUGGUAGCUAUUGUGUUUAAUGUACAGACGAUUGUUGUCGAUGGUUUCAUGUUCUUGCAGAUAGUGUACUGUGCGAUAUUAAAUACACAACAAAUGUCAGAUAUACCUACAUAGUAUUUAGACAAUGAUGUUAGAAAUUUAAAUGCAAUAAAAAUCUGUCCAAACGAAUCUUGGUUGUUAAUUUUUUUUAAUACUCAAAAUUAAUGUCAUUGUCUAAAAAAUUUAAAUGUAACACAUAAAUUCAUAAAGCCAAAUGAUCGACUCUCCAAAAAUAACACAAGAAACAGCACUUGCAUACAUUUUAAGGUAUAUAAAUGUAAACAUUUUAAUUUAGUUUCUUUCAAAUAUUUUUAGACUUGGCAUUGGAUAGUAUUUGUAGCUUACAUGGUAACUUUAAAUACAUAUUAUGUCAACACAACAAAA